GAGUCACAGGAAGCCUUUGUGUCUGGACCGCUGCUCGGGGGCCAAGGACACGAGUCAUCCAUUCAACUACACGUCCAUCCAGCAGUGAGGAGUGGAGAGGCACAUGUUGGGUUAAAGGCUGUCUGGUCAUUUGAAUUGAUUUACAGUCACAUUAAUGUUGGCGUUAUAAUCUGACAUCUAAAUCCGUGAUAAUCUGGAAACGACAGCAGAUAAAUCACUGUUGUUUAACACUGACACAUGUCUUAGCCUGUACCCGAUUUAACGAUUUACACAUAGAGGAAAAGCAAAAAUCACUUUUUCAUUAAUCCAUGAAGUCAUUACUUAUCUUUUCAUUAAAAAGUGUCCAUUUCUGGCACAUAAUUUCCCCUAAAACCAAACAAAUAUCCUAGCUGAAAAGAUGCAGGAAGAGGACAACAAAUCACAUUAAUUACAUGUCAUCUUUUUCAUAAAUAAUACAAAUAACAUGUGUACCAGGUAACAUAUAUAUAAAUGAAUACAUACAUAAAUAACAUAAGCAUAGAUUAUAUUAUUGUGAUUUUUCCUUCAACUAAAUAUUUCCUUCCAAAUAUGUUAUUUGAGAUUUCAUUUGCAGAGGAGCAAGCUAGAUAGAUAGAUAGAUAGAUAGAUAGAUAGAUAGAUAGAUAGAUAGAUUGAUAGAUUGAAACAUGUGGGAGUCACACAUGUUACUUGAUCUUUCUGCCUUCUGGUCUCGAUUGGUUAGAGGCAACAACAUGGUGGGUAGUGAGAUAUACUGGUGUGGUAACAGAUCUCACGAGCAGGAGAUUUUAAAAUUGUGAAUCUGUUUUUGUGUGUUUAUGACACCUCACGCAUAAUUUAACUUUAAAACUCAAGUUUCCACUUCAGGGUGGCUCAUGUGACAAUGAGCCUCCACAGUUUGGCAGAGAAUGCAUGACUGGUCAAUGGGCUCAUGGUGGAUGGUUGAUGGAUUGCAUAAUUUUGUAAACUGGCAAAUAACACGCACGCACACGCACACGCACACAAAAGCAUGCACACUCACUAGACUCGGAAGAGAAGUAACACAGUGACGCUACACAGGAAUCAUUUAAUAUAUAUUAUAUGAACACACAUGAGUAUAUAUGAAUAGAUACAUACAGGUUGUUACUUAUCAGUGUACUGUGCUGUUUCUCAGCUCUUUUUAAUCAUACAGUGAAUUUGUACAGCUACAGCACGAGGGAAUCGACUGAUUGUUUUUUUUAAAUAAAAUGUUCCUGUUUCCAAAACAGGAUGAACAAGAGAACUCCAUUUAUCAUUUUAAAAGGCUGCAUUAUAUCUUUAAUUAAAUUGAAUUCUCUCCAGGGUUGGCAUUAGCAGCAGAACAAGUAUGGGUUCUUCCAAAAAAAAUACACAAGCACAUUUUAUAGCUUCAUAAAAUCUGAGAAUGUUUUUUUCCACCUCACCAAUAAUCCAUUUCCAUCUGUACAACCUUCAGAAAUGGUGUGCCCCCCCCCCCUAAACUACCCCUGAGACUCUGGAGGGACACAGCUUUUUAUAGCAGAGGUGGUUUGGAAGCAGACUCUCAUGAUAAGAGUGGUCUGUGUGAGAUUUAAAAAUAUCAGCGGCGAGCUCAGCUGGAGGGCAGGAUUUGCAGUUGGGGCGCACAGGGAUCAGAAUUCCACAGUAAAGCGUAGAUAUAGACGGACAACGGUUAAGCAGAAAGCAAUUUUUGUCAGAUGAACAGCUGAUCUGUAUGCAGCUGUACAAACUCAGUGAGGAGAGUACAAACAGACUUAUGAGAGGAGUGUGUGUGUGUGUGUGUGUGUGUGUGUGUGUGUGUGUGCACUUUACAUGAGAGAGUGUGGGCGAGGCAAGAGCGGCUGACAUUAAUCAAAGUAGGAGAAAAAGAAGGAAUAUGAAUGUUUGGAUCUGGCACAUAUCUCAGCAGUGUUUGUUUGUUAACCAGCGAGCAGAAGUGAUAAGAGCAGAGACAAAAAUGUGCCUGACGUAUGAAAGAGGGCGAGAGGAAGAACAAGCUCCUUUCGUCAGCUUUGAGUCAGCUCGCACUGUUUAGACAGGAGGUUUGAAUUCACAACUCAGCAGUUCGUCAGCCCAUCAACAAUGAUUACAUCUCUGAGCUGCCUAUUGUGUGGGAGAUACGGGAGUUAUGACAUCCCAUUGAAAUUCCAAAGAAUUGCCGACGGUUAGGCAACAACUUCAACUGUUUACUCUACAGAGAGGCAGAAAUGUUUUGCCUUCAUGUUUUGAUUUUUCUAAGAUACAAGCAGAAGAGAUUUUCCAGAGGGGGAUUUAACAGCUACAAGCAGGUCGUGACCCCUCGGCGAGCAGGCACGGCCGUGUUGUUGUGUUGGCUGGUGUCCAUCAUAGUGGGCCUCAUGCCUAUGUUCGGCUGGAAUAACCUGCAGCGUCUCCGUGACAACGGCUCCCUGAUCAAUGACGACCAGUUGGUGACCUGCAGGUUCGAGACGGUCAUCAGCAUGGACUACAUGGUCUAUUUCAACUUCUUCGGCUGGGUGCUGCCCCCUCUGCUGCUCAUGCUGGCCAUCUACGUAGAGAUUUUCUACAUGAUCCACAAGCAGCUCAACAAGAAGGUGACCGCAAGCCACACAGACCCGAGACGUUACUUUGGCAAGGAGCUGAAGCUGGCUAAGUCUCUCGCCCUUGUUCUUUUCCUCUUCGCAGUCAGCUGGCUUCCCCUCCACAUCCUCAACUGCAUCACCCUCUUCUGUCCGACCUGCGGCGAGCAAGUGUUUCUCAUUUACAUCGCCAUCAUCCUCAGCCACGGCAACUCAGCCGUCAACCCCAUCAUUUAUGCUUUCCGCAUCAAGAAAUUCCGCACAGCGUUCCGGAAAAUCUGGAAACAGUACUUCCUUUGUCAGGAUCCGGUCGGUCGGCUUCCUCAAAGAGGGAGCCAGAGAGGACAGAGUCAUGGCAGGAGGCUGAGGCAGAUUGAUGAUGACGAUGACGAUGUGUGAUCUUCGCCAACUAAUUGUGUUGCUGUGUAACUGUGAAUUUUCACUCAAAUGGUCACAGAAUGGAAAGCACUCUGACUUUAUGCUCACACUUGAGGGAAUAGCAGUAAAAAAAAAAGGCUUUAAUUGCAUUGAGGGAUGUCAGAGGGAUUAAAAAGACGAGGGAGGAUUUCCUCCAUCCAACAUGCUUCAAGAGGACAGGGACAAAUCAGCAUGGAGACAAUCAACAUUCUAAAUCAGUACAAUUUAGUAAGGACUGUUUCUCCACUGGCUGAAUAAAUGAUGACAAUGUCUUACGGGAUAUGGGGCUUCUCAUGAGUUUCAACACAAACCUGUUGAACCUCAGUAAGUGUGUUGUAUAUCUGUAGCACAUAUGGUACGACAGCAGUGCAUCCUGAACUGUUCAUUAGUUCUGUACUAAAACUCUUUUCGCCUUUUUCAUGGGAUUCAUCUCACAUCGUUGAGCAUCUUAUGUUUGCUUCACAUUUGCUACGUUCUGUGGCCUUAAGGAAAGAAAACAAAGAUGAGAAGCUGGAGGGAAAUUCAGCAUUUUGCUAAUAAUUGUGGGCAAACACCAAGUUGGCACAACCUGCUGCGAGAGUCACCAGGAUUCAGGAUGUAUGUUGGCUGCAUCAUGGAUUAAAUCAUACGCACAUCUAUUAAGUGUCAGGUGUGUCGGAGAAAAGUAAGUCGACUUACUUAGAUUUCAUAUUUGCAGAGAUUUAUUUGCAACGUUUACCAAACCUUCAUCAGGCAAAUGGUUUACAAUGUGUAAAGGUGUAGCUAUUGAUUUCAUGUUAGAGACUGUGAUGUAGCUUAUUGAUGUUUGAUAUUUCCUAGUGUGUGAGAGAAAUGUGAUUGCCAGUCUUGGUCUCGUACCAAAACGUUGCAAAACAAAUCUCUGUAAAAGACUCUGUAAAACCAUUUUUCCUUAAAGUUACGCAGUUACUCAUCAGACACAUGUGGCCUGUGGUGCGUUGCCACAUGUGAAGGUUUAUUUGUAUUUUUUGAAACACUGGAUAGUUCCAGCUGAAACAAAAAUGCUGUGGAUGUGGACAAUGGUACAGCAUCCUAUUGUAACUCUGUAGCUACACCAGUGCUGUUCAAUAGAAGACUGUGAAUCUAAAGGAUGUCCCUGCAUCCAAUGAGGACCUGUUCACUACACAUAAGUGUGACUUUUUCAAACCUCUUCUCUGGACUCUUUGUGAUGAAGUUGGUUUAAAGGUGUAGCUUUCAGCAAAUCCUCUCUGUCAUUUUCCCUACAGGGCUGAUAAUGACACAGGACUGCUGACACUGACAAUGUGCACUGUAUGUAACUAAUGUAUGUGUAAAUAGUAAUGGGACAUUUUAUACAUCUGUGUAAAAUUCACCUCACUGAGCAAACAGCUGAUUCAAUGUCCUCUUACAGCUGUUGGUUGAGUGAGCACACCGGGGAAUCCAGCCUCCGAGCACCGCAUUUCAUUUUUUUUAUGACAAUGACAAACAGGGAGCAGAACACGCCAUCACGCAAAUCAGGCCUGUGGUGAGGCCUGAUUUGAAUUCAUUCUGCUGAAAGUGCAUCAGCAGCUUCAUGCCUGAGUAAGUGUCGGGGGUUAGGAGGGUGAAGGAUUCCAGGGGGUGAGGGUGAACAUUAUUAUGAGACUGAAACUGUCUAAUGAGGCCUCUGAAUGUGACCUUAUUGAUCUCUCUCGUGUGUUUUUUUUUUAAAACAGUAAAACGUUCAAGUGAAAUCCAUUUCAAUGGAAUCCUUGCGAUUAGAUGAUCAGAUAUGGAUGGUGCGACGCUACUGAAUGUGCUAAUGUAGUAUUAAAAAGUUUGUUAACCCAGA